CUCCCCUCUUGCUCCUCUCCCCUCUCUCCUCUCAUUGCCUCUCCUCCCCUUGCUGCAGGUGAUCAUGGGCACGUCUGAAGACGGUCUGAUCGGGAUCCCAUUCCCGGAGCACAGCAGCGAGCUCCUGUGCCGGCUGAACGAGCAGCGACAGGCGGGCCUGCUGUGCGACGUGACGAUCAAGACCCAGGGGCUGGAGUACCGCUCCCACCGGGCCGUCCUGGCCGCCGUCAGCCAGUACUUCCGCAAGCUCUUCACCCCCGGGGGGGGCCGCUCCGAAGGCUUCGGCGGGGGGCCACGCAGCGUCUGCCAGCUGGACUGCGUGGACCCCGAAGCGCUGGCCGCUCUGCUGGAGUUCGCCUACACGGCCACGCUCACCAUCCGCACCUCCAGCAUGAGGGGCGUCCUGCGUGCUGCUCGCCUGCUCGGGAUUCAGUGCGUGACGGACGCCUGUCUGGAUAUACUGCGGAGCAGCGGGGAAGAGGAGGAGGAGGAGGAGGAGGAGGAGGGAGCAGCGAAGGAUCUGGGAUUGGAAGGGGAGGGACUCUACGAGACACCCGCCCGAUACCCUGAAGGAUUCCCGGACGGAUUCGCCCGGGAGAACGGGCGGCCGGCGUCGGGAGACGAGGGAACCCCCGUUCCCCAGAGACAAGUGGGAGGGAGAGGGGGAGGGGGAAGUGGAAGAGGGGGGAGGAGCAGGGGCAGCCCUAAACGGCCUCGUAAGAGGGUGGGCUACAGGCUGCCCCUGCCACUCCUUCACCCCGCGCUUCGGGGGGCAGCGCUAGACUACUCGCUGAGGGAGAGGGAGAGAGCCUUAGGGAGCUCUGUGAUCACCCCCAGGGCUCCGGAAGACCCGGACAGGGAGGAGAUCGAAGACUACGAAGGAGAACCGGGGAACAGGAAUGGCUUUCCGUUCAGCGAGAGCGCGGCUCACAAUGGCUGGCGCUUUCCGACCGCCGCGGACCGCGAGAGGCUGUCUGCGGAGGAGGAAGAAGAGGAGGAGGAGGAGGAGGAGGAGGAGCCGGGAAAGGGGAAGGGGGCGGACGAGGCGUGUCUGGUCGCGCACCCUGGCCCGCAGCUACCCAAACCAGCCGGGCUCCCCUUCUCGUUCUCCUCCGCGGCCAGCCCCCCGCUCCCCGACAAGACAGUGCGAAAGAGGAAAUCGCAGACCCCCCAGCAGUGUCCCGUCUGCCAGAAGAUUAUCCACGGAGCGGGCAAGCUGCCCCGGCACAUGAGGACCCACACCGGAGAGAAGCCUUUCCAGUGCGGCACCUGUGGGGUCCGAUUCACCAGGAACGACAAGCUGAAGAUCCACAUGCGGAAGCACACGGGCGAGCGGCCUUACUGCUGCCCGCACUGCCCCGCCCGCUUCCUGCACAGCUACGACCUGAAGAACCACCUGUCCCUGCACAGCGGCGACCGCCCCUUCGAGUGCACGCUGUGCCACAAAGCGUUCGCGCGUGAGGACCACCUGCAGCGACACCAAGGGACAGAACUGCCUGGAGGUGCGGACCAGGAAGCCUCGGAGAGCAGGAGGAGGAGGGGGGCUGGCCCAGGAGGAGAGUCACCCACCGGGGCUGCUCCAGCAAGGCUACCCCGCCUCCCUGCUCUCCCGCUCCCCUCUGCCCUCCUUCCUGUCCGCAGACGGCAGGCUGUGGAGCCCCGGCACCUCCAGCCCUCCCUCCCCGACCCCCCCCGGCCCCUGGGAGGGUCGCGAUUCUGCUGAGGAAGCACUUAGUUGACAGCUCGGCAGUGCAAGGCGUGGCCUCUUUGCUGCAGGCAGGAGGGGAGGAAGCAGUGUGGGUUGACAGCAGGAGUUGUAAUAACGCGCUCUGAACGGGAGACGGCUAGCGGUUGACUUGCAAAGAGAACAACAGGUUUUGUUUUGUUUUUUUCGUUUUUGUGUGUUUUUAUUGUGCGGUCGCUUUCAGUUUUUCUAAUU